CCUCUGCGUCUCUCCCUGUGCUCUCCGCCAAGAGCGAUCUUUUUCACCAUGGCGGUUCUGACGCUUCCUUCCCGCUUCUUUACCAACCCUUAUAUACCCCCUUCCCCUUUCGUCCAUCCCAUGACACUUAGCUCCCUCUCGCUGCCGCUGCACGAGUUACAGGCGCACACACAAAUCGAGACGCACUACGCACACUUGUUGGGGAGGCAUAUACCUGCGUGCACCAUAGCUAGCUAGCUGCUUAGGUGCACUGCUGCUUCAUUUGGCACAUGUCAGUAGGUACAAAUAUAGAUGGGUGUGCCCUAAUGGUACAUGGCUGAGCAGCCGCCGCCGACUCUUCAGCCGCUACAAGCGGGGUUGGCAAGCCACUCUUCGGGUUCGGGCCCUGCCUCGCCUCAUUCUCCUUCUCUUGUAGUGCAGGGCGACGCCACGACGGGGGUAGCCACGGCGCCGGGAGCAGCGACGAGCUCGGGGGAGCCGUCGCCGCGGUCCUCCGGGAAGCACGCGCUCUACCGCGGCAUCAGGUGCAGGAGCGGCAAGUGGGUGUCCGAGAUCCGGGAGCCGCGCAAGGCGCGCCGCAUAUGGCUCGGCACGUACCCGACGGCCGAGAUGGCCGCCGCGGCCUACGACGUGGCCGCGCGCGCGCUGCGUGGGACCGACGCCGUGCUCAACUUCCCGGGCGCGAUCGCCUCGCGCCAGACCCCAGCGUCCGCGUCCCCCGCGGACAUACGUGCCGCGGCCGCCGCGGCCGCGGCCGCCGUGCAGCUUGAGCAGGCCCAGGGUGGCAACACCACUGCCGCUGCUGUCGACGCCGCACAGCAGCCGCACGGCACGAGCAGUGCGACCGCUGACGCGGCGAGCUGUAUGCCGCAGCAGGAAAUUGGCAAUGACGAGUUCCUGGACGAAGAGGCAAUCUUCGAGAUGCCACUGCUCCUCCGGAACAUGGCCGUGGGCAUGAUGAUGAGCCCGCCGAGGCUCAGCCCGGACACAUCCGACGAGUCGCUGGACCGGUCGGAGGUUGGGGAGAGCCUCUGGAGCUACCAUGACCCGUAGAUUGCAUUGCCUAAUUAAGCGCCAAGGCCAUGGCAAGCAGUGUGGUAACAGUACAAAUUAUAGUGAACUAGUACACCGAUAGCGAACCAGAAUUAAUCAUGGCAAGAUAAGGCGAUGCAAUGGACCCCGGCGCGGCGCGUCGUCGUCCUCUAUCUGGUAACAUAGUGUGACAUGCUCGCUAGUAGUAGUGCUCCCAGAGCUUCCAUUUUAAGUGCUACCCUUUUUCGAAUUUCUUUUUUGUUUUUCUAUUUCUCUCCUUCAUUCAGUAGUUAUUUAUUCUUGUUCGGCUUGCUUGAUCAAAGUCCAGUUGUUGAGUCAAUUGGCUUAUAUCUCAUUUUGGUGUAAGAGCAAGCACAUCUUUUUUUAUGUGCCAACAAGUAGAUCGCAGGGAGACGCUACUACAGUAUAUAUGUGGGUGCAAUUGUAACUGUGGAGACCAGAAAAUAUUUGUGAUGGUCUUAUGGAUGAGAAAAUAUAUAGGUGUGCACAUGCAUGGCUCCACACUACAGUUUCUAA